AAAAGUUAUUUCCAGGCAGCCAUCAUAUUCAUUUCGUUUGCCAUUCAAGGUGCAUCAAGAAAGUUUUGUGUGAUUUACGUGCUUAACGUGCGUCCGCGUCAAUUUCAGCCAUCUUGCUUAUAUUUUAUAAGUUGGUUCACCACAGCAAUAGUUAAAAUGUCUUCACAUGGACGCAAUGAUUGCCGAAUUUAUGUUGGUAAUCUUCCGCCAGAUAUACGCACUAAGGAUAUCCAAGAUUUGUUCCAUAAAUUCGGUAAAGUGACAUUUGUCGACUUGAAAAAUCGUCGUGGGCCGCCAUUUGCUUUUGUGGAAUUUGAAGAUAAUCGUGACGCCGAUGAUGCAGUCAAGGCUCGUGAUGGAUAUGAUUACGACGGUUACCGGCUGCGAGUAGAAUUUCCUCGCGGUGGUGGACCUGGUAGUUACCGUGGUAACCGCGGAGGAAACAGUGAUCGAGGUGGCGGUCGCGAUCGGAAUAAUCGUGGUCCACCUGCUAGACGUUCUCAGUUUCGAGUAGUGGUGACUGGAUUGCCAUCUUCCGGUUCAUGGCAGGAUCUUAAGGAUCACAUGCGAGAAGCCGGCGAUGUAUGCUUUGCCGAUGUAUACAAAGAUGGAACAGGAGUAGUUGAGUUUCUGCGCCAUGAGGAUAUGAAAUAUGCCAUAAAAAAACUAGAUGACUCGCGUUUUCGAUCUCACGAAGGAGAGGUGGCCUAUAUUAGGGUGCGAGAAGAUUCUUCAACUGACGAUCGGCGAGGCGGAGAACAUCGUGAUCGAUCUUAUUCUCCUCGCAGACGACGUGGAACGCCAACAUAUUCACCAGUUCAGCGCAGUUUUUCACGAUCUCGUUCUCGUUCUUUCAACUACUAGAUCGUGUGGCAGAAAUGAGAACAUCUGACGAAUCCUGCUGGAUGGAUUCCAAGUAAUUUGAUGAUUUUUGUACUUUAUAUCAAAACGUAGUGCAGUUUUACGAUAUCACCACUCAACUUUCGCGAUAAGGUUUAAACUACAUCGCAAAACCUUCCGUAUCAGCAAAUUGCAAUCGACGGACAGUAUCUGCUGACAGUUCUAUCUUUUAAGGAAUAAUCGUCAUUUUAGUAGUACAUUCCUGUGGUAGAAAUCAUCUUAGAUUACAGAAGAAUUCUGUACCAAGAAUUGGCAAUCUUAUUUUUUAUGACUAAAUGAAUGUUUCAGUUAGACGUAUUCAAUACUUCGAAUAAUUGACCGAAUUAGAACAAGCAACAUGCAAACGUAUAUAAUCAAUCAUUACUUUCUAUAGAUCAUAAAAUGAGGAGAACGUUCACCCUAGGACAUUUUAAUAACUGCUAUGUUCUAAAUUUUCCUUCUAGCCUUUGAGUCGUGACACGAAGAUCUCUGUCAGGAACCGGAUGGAUCAAUAUGCUUCUUUCGUCCUCUAGCAAUGAAAUUGUAUUGUAUUCAUUCUAAAACCUGUUUCUUCUUCUUCCAAACAGGAAAAACAGGAAUGUUCUUGCAAUUUAUGCAAGAAGCAUAAUGUCGCUGAUGUGACGCAAAAGUUUCCCACUAGGAUUUAGGAUCAGGACCCGAGGGAGUUUCAGGAUCUGUAAAAAUUGGAUUCCCUUUCUCUCGUUUAAUACGCAUUAUGGAUCACUGGACAGAAAAGGACAGGAUUCAGGACAUGCGGAUUUACUAGUUCGUCUGUUGCAUCGCUUCUUUUGGAGGAAACAGAUGCGGGGAUCACAGGAUGUACUGGACUCAGGGUUAACAGAGUGACUUCUUAAUGGGACGCUUCUUUCUCUUACUUACUGCUAUAACAGUAUAUGGUUGCAAAUCGUUUGACAUAACUACAAAUGAUACACUGUUUUUUCGCAUAAUGUUCGUUUGGCUUAUUUUCAGGUCCAAUUCUUCCAAAGAAUCGUGGCAAAAAUUUGUAUGUUUGGUAUUGGUAAUUCGAUACGGCAAAGCGCUUAUAACAAAAACAACCCACAGGAAGACGUUAGUCUUUUCCAAAUUAAUCAUCCCAGUUUACAGCUAAGUCUCUUUAAAAUGCAAACAAAACUUCUCAAAAUUAGUCGAACAUAUGCUCAAUAGCAACCAAAGUAACUGUUUUUGAUAUCUAGAAAUAACUAAAAAAACUAGCCUUGAAUUACGUUAAGUUUUUUUCCGUAUCGUGUUUCCUCUAUCGGAUACCUAAUCAUAAUAAGUGAUCAUGAUAAAUGUGCAUUAUAUAAGCCCACCGAUUUUGAUUACUUGUAUUUGCGGACUAAAUAAAUACCGCAUGAAACAUUUGUUAUGACAAACGAUUUUCGUCCACAAUACUAGCGGUUAUUUAAAUUCGGAACCCCUUUUCACAACGUUCGAAUGAUGAAAUACACUUAGAACGAUUGGAUGGAAACUAUGAAUCGCGAUGGCUCGAUUUUUAAUAACUUGAUCAAUUUACACAUAAAACAAUUGUUGGAGUAUUGCAAAUGUACAAUGGUGGUAACCAAAAACAGAUUACAACAGCCGUCAAGAAGAAUUGAGAUAUACGAUCGAUUUGAUUCAACAGUUACUAGAAUUCUGAUAUUGGAAGAUAAACGAUUAUUCCGGUGGAUACUUGAACGAAAAUUUUACGCUAUAUGGAAACAAGAAUAGUUCCAGUGGAGUACGAAUUGUUCAAUAACGAAAAGCAUUUAUUUCAAAGUAAGCUGCUUUUCUGACAAUACCAAUAUAUUCUACUAAGGAAAAUCAUAUUUGGACUGAAAAUUUUCACUACUACCCAUCAAUAUUGAUUGUUUCGUUGAAUUUGCAUUUUAAAUCAACAUUGUUACUGAAUGUUCCAACAAUAGUUUUGUGGAUAGUUGUUUCGAUAUUAUUUUUCAUUGAAAUUUUUAUUCAAUGAAUUUGGAGGGUAAACAGAAGCACAUUUUCAAAAGGAUCUCGUUGAUAAGCCCAACACUGCUUGGAUCUUGGAAGGAAUUCGCAAAAUUAGGAUAUACAUGGACCUCGCGGGAUACCUUGUUUUAUGAGCUCAUUUAUGGAAGUUCGAAAAGUUGAUUUCGCUUGUAUGUAAAAUCGUUAAGGACAUCGCGGGAGUAGAUCUUCUAUCUGCUUAAGGCUUACCUUUUUCACUGCAUCAUGGAAAUGUCGUAGAAUCGAACGUAGCCAGAGUAAAAUGGAAGGAAUUGAUGGUGUGUAUUACCUUUUUAUUUUGUUCUAUUUCACAGUCGGUAUUGGAGUUUAUUAUAACAUUCUCUCCUUAUUCAAAUUCUUUAUGUCAAACACUUAAAAAACCUUCUCCAACAUUUUCUCACCACGAGUGAUAAACUUGCGUUGAAGUGAUGUUUUAGUAAUCAUAAUUUUCGGUUAAAAAAUACUGUCGAGUGAUAUUCUAACAAGUAGCAAAUAGCAUGCCAAUUUCUGUUGAACAGAUUCAUUUAAUUAGUCGAACACGUUCUCUGUCAUAGAUACUUUAUAUACCUUGCUUACCUCAUAUUUGCAACACAAUCAACACAGUGCUGACGGAAGGUAAUUUCUGGACCUAGUUUUACUACUUUUUAAACAGCAAGUAAUUAUCGAACCUAUUUUGGACUUUGGUCAUUUACAAUAAAAGCACGAUUUUUAAACCAUA